AUGGAGCAGCGCAACAGCUCCAGCCUGGUGGAAUUCGUGCUGCUCGGUUUCCCCCAGGUGGGCCACAUCAAGGGCUGGCUCUUCCUCCUGCUGCUGCUGGCAUACCUGUUCACCAUCUGUGGCAACCUGCUCAUCUUCCUGGUCAUCCGGCUGGAUGUGGCGCUGCACACGCCUAUGUACCACUUUGUCAGCGUGCUCUCCUUCCUGGAGCUGUGGUACACAGCUACCACCAUCCCCAAGAUGUUGGCCAACCUGCUUAGUGAGAAAAAAACCAUUUCUUUUGCAGGCUGCCUCCUGCAGACCUACUUCUUCCACUCUCUCGGGGCCUCUGAGUGCUACCUACUCACUGCCAUGGCCUACGACCGCUACCUGGCCAUCUGCAGACCCCUGCACUACCCCUCCAUCAUGACGCCCAUGCUCUGCUUCAAGAUGGCAGCCAGCUGCUGGACAUGUGGCUUCCUUUGUCCCAUCUCUGAGGUCAUCCUGGUGUCCCAGCUUCCCUUCUGUGGUGACAACCAGAUCCCACACAUCUUCUGUGACUUCCCCCCUUUGCUGAGCCUGGCUUGCAAGGACACAUCAAUCAAUGUGCUGGUUGAUUUUGCCAUCAACGCCUUCAUCAUCCUCAUCACCUUUCUCUUCAUCAUGGCUUCCUAUGGGAGGAUCAUUGGGGCAGUCCUGAAGAUACAGACAACCGCUGGGCGCAAGAAGGCCUUCUCCACCUGCGCCUCCCACCUCAUCGUGGUGCUCAUCUUCUUUGGGAGCAUCAUCUUCAUGUAUGUGCGGCUGAGGAAGAGCUACUCGCUGACUUUGGACCGGACCAUUGCUGUCGUCUACUCUGUCCUCACUCCUCUGGCCAACCCCAUCAUCUACAGUCUCCGAAACAAAGAGCUCAUCAAGGCCAUUAGGAGGACCAUCUUCCAUCAGGGGGACAAAUGCAGCCCCUCUCAUCACUGA